AUGGAACAGUAUAAUAGAUACGAUCGUGGUGGUCUUUUGAAAGACCGUUACCUCAAGGUUGCAGAUAUAAGUGAGGGAUCCUAUGGGCUAGUGUCAUUAGCCAAGGACACCAAACUUAGCGACAAGUUAGUGGCUGUCAAAUUCAUUUUUCCCAUCGAUUACAAACGAACCAAACAGUUAAAGGAGCUUUCGAAAACAGGGAGAGCAACUUCUUCCCCUGCUAAGCUUAGAUCAAAUGCGGCUGCGCCAGAGUCGCAGCAUUCCGAGAGUUCCACCCUUAAAGCUCUUUACGAAGAAACAAACAAAGAAAUUCGCAUACACCAAAUUCUUGGUGCCCAUGACAACAUCACCAAUUUGGUUGACUAUUUUGACUCCUAUCUUGUUCUCGAGUACUGCUCAAGAGGUGACUUGUAUGAGGCCGUGCAGAACGGCCUCGGUCCAAGCACGUCUCAAGAUAUCAAGGAUGUCUUCAGCCAAAUUCUUGACGCAUUGGCCUUUUGUCAUACCAACUCAGUCUAUCAUAGAGACUUAAAACCUGAGAAUAUAUUAAUCGACCAAGACUGGUCUAUCAAAAUUUGUGACUGGGGUCUUGCAACAACACAAAGGAUUAUCACGAACAAAGCUGAGUUCGACAUUGGUUCAGAACGUUACAUGGCCCCAGAACUCUUUGAUACUGAGCAAGAAUCUUACGAUGCCGCCAAGGCUGACUUAUGGUCAGUUGGCGUGAUUCUUCUCACUCUCGUAUUCCACAAGAACCCUUUCCAAGUUGCCAAUUAUACUGAUAAACGAUUUUUACAGUUUUCAGCAAACAGAGAAGCGCUUUUUGACUUCUUCAGCAGCAUGACUGGAGAAAUGUUCAGUACAUUGAGAUACUGUUUGAACAUUGAUCCGUCAAAUAGAGAUUUGGAUAGCUUGAAACACGAGCUUGAUAAUCUCAACUACUUCACUAUCGAUGAAGAGUACUGGGCAGAACAUUCUGACGACGAUGAGAACGGGUACGAGGACUACUAUGAGGAACAUGCAACGCCGGUCCAGGAACAAGAAAAUGAAGAGGUCGACGAGUCACCUAUGGAGUCAGAUGACGAGAUGUUCAAGUUCGAUAAUGAAGUCAAGGAGAUGUCACCUCCACAGGCCCUUGUGAUGUCACCCAAGGUUGCCGAAGCACCUCAUGUAAUUAUUGACGAGGACCAUAAGUUGCUAGAGUCAGCUUCAGAGAGCAGCACUGCCACUGAAUCGAUGCAAAGAGAUGAUUCUAUGCCUUAUAAUCGUCGUGCUGAUGCACUUUUGUCGCCAGCGAUGGGUGCUCGGCCAAUCCCCAUUGGCGCCGGUCAGAGGCUCAUUCGAAACACUCGUAAGCCUUUUGGUGUUGCUUCAUAUAACAAAAAUGCGUUCAGUGCUAGACACGGAUUUAGUCAUCAGGGUACUAGCAAUAGCUUCCACACCGGAAGUUUUGGGGCUAGGUUUCGUCGGGAGGAUUUCUUUACUCCCAGAAGUGUCGUGAACCACUACAUGGAUAAGUAUGGCGAGCAAAGAGAGCUCGAAAGAUCGGAAAAAGACAAGAAAAGAAGAUGGAAGCGUGGCCGUAAAAAGCAAUCUUGGAAGCGUGCCGUCGGCCAUGACUAUCGAAACAGCGACCACCGCAACGGUCACAAUAAUCAAUCUGGAUCGAAGCGGCACACCUAUACCUCUGGUCAUUCACACAAUGAUACAGCAACUCGUCGCAAACACGUCAACGGGAAAAGACGCCCACGUCCGGAUUCUAUGCAAUCUCCUCAAUUGCAACCCCAAGGCGGUGGUCGUGCUAAUGGCAAGUAUGUCCCUCCCAAUUUGAGAUCUCCUUCCUCAAAAGCCGUGGACCAUUUGGUUGAUGAUUUGGAUGGUUUUAGGCUCAAUGAGGAUCCAGUGUUUCACCUAGAAGGUGAUCUUAAAUCCAUAGGAAAUGGUCGCAGUACAGGGUCAGAAGUAAGAGGCAAUGCUACCUCUCAUAAUUCGAAAGUUCCAACGUUCAACUCAGCUUAUACUCAGCACUCUGAUUCGAAUGGUGUCAUGACGUCAAAGACCCAACUCGAAGCGAAUGGAAAAGGGAAAUACAUUCCACCAUUCAAAAGAGGAUCUCAUACGGGAGCGGUUCACUUGGGAAAUUUGAAAGCUACAAAUGUUCUCAACUCCCAUCAAGCACCCAAUACUUCAAAUUUAGGGGCUGAUGAUAUUGCCUCAAAACGGCGGUCUUAUCAACUUGGGGCUGGAUCAGGGUAUGCCAACUAUUUCAAUAAUGAGAAUGUCCCUAGGAGCGCACCAGGCCACAACUGGAUUGAAGAGAAUAAAAACUGGUCAGACUUCGAUUAG